AUGAGUUUCACGUUCUCUCCAACUCGAGAAGGAGAUUCGCCCGACCCAUAUCAUGAUCGAUUAUCACCAUCGUUAAUCGAUGAACCCAUCGACCGGACACUGAUCUUCUUACCUGCCGUUCAAUCAUUAGUAGCUGCUUUAGGUGGAUAUGAAGAGAUUGAAACAUCACCUGGAUCGGGGAAAUACGAAACUGUUUAUAGACCAGGUGAUAGUGUACUAGGAGUACUAAAAGACCUGAAGAAAUUAUGGAGAAAAGAUGAUGAAGAUGACGAGAGGACGGUUGCGAGAUGUAUGGCUAAAGCUGGAUUAAUGAGAGAGUUAGUCGCUCUCUUGGUUGAAUGUACGGAUAGAGGUGAUUGGGGUAGAAAAGUUUCUCUUGUAGCUUGUGAUCUCAUCGCAGCUUUGACAUGGCCAAUUGAUGUUACAUCAGAAUUAAAAGAAAUGGAAGAUGAACCAAAUGUCAUUACGGAUUAUGCAAGUUUGUUAAGAGCUCAAUUAGAAUAUAAAGCUUUGAUACUACAGUCAAGUUCACCUUUAAGAUGUUUAUUAGCUUUGAUGUUACCAAGUUUAGCAAAACCUAGGAAAGACGAAAAAGAUGAACGAAUCAUCUCAUUAGGUUUACAUGUCAUAAGGAAUCUACUAGCUAUCAAAGAUGUAGUAGCUGAGGGGACUGCAGUUGGUGAAAAAGAGGAGUUUGCACAUUUACAGUCAACCCUCAUCCUACAACUAAACAAACUCACAUACUUCCAACUGAUUCUCACUUUAGCUUCAUGUGCGGAUAAAUCAGAUUUCAAUCCUUUCAACGUCUUAGUAUUGGAUAUAUUACAUCUGAUAUUUAGAUCUGUCAAACCUAAAGAUUUAGGACAAGAUCAGGCUAGAGCUCCACUAGAAAACCUAUCGAAAUUGCUUGACGCAGAGAAAAGACAAAAAGCUUUAGUUUCUAAAGUUGGUAUGACCAGACAUUCGAGGUUUGGGACUACGGUAGCUGUCAGGGCUGGCGAACAAAAAGUGAUUUUACACAAACAGAAUGCUAUCAGUGCAAAUGCUGGUAAAAUCUUGGAUGAAGUUAAAAGAAAACGAGCUCAGAAGACAAAGAAAGUUGACGAACUCACUUUAAUUAUCGAUUUCAGUCCAGAUGCUAUGCGAGCUCUACAAUCUCUAGCUAAAUCUUUCAUAGAAUCGUGCUUCAAUACUUUCUUCAGUUCGAUCCUUCGAGAUAUUCGAAUGGAGCGAAGUAAAAUUCGGCCGACAGACAACGUUCGAACGUUCUUCUUGACCCGAUACUUUAUCGAGUAUCUGCUCACUCUUCGGCAUAAAGAGGAAGAAAAGGGUCUAAAACAGCAUGAACUGUCACUAGGGUUGGUGGCAGAAAUGGCGGAGAUGGAUUCCAUCAGAUGGCUGUUCUCGAGAAUGAAGAGCUCAAUGGACGACAAGCCACCGGCUUGGACAGAGUUGCAAGCUAGUUUAGACUGCUUCACUCAGGUGCUGUUGCUCCUCGACGCGAUGGUAACGUCGGCAGAAGAAGAGGACAUCGAAGUGGCUGAGAUUGUGCAAAAUAACCUUUACUAUAACGGUGAUAUCCUCGACUCUUCGCUUUCGGUUAUAUCACAAUAUAAGGAUCAAUCUGUUGCGUACCUUGAUUCGGUAGUCCACUUCGCCUAUGUGCUGCUGCGAAUGCUAGAGAAAUUCUCGAAAAACAAAGCAUUUAUGUUCAUACGUAAAAAGAAAGCAGCAAGAAAGAAGCGAAAGGAAGCUGAAAAUCUCAUGGAUCCAACUGCGAAUGGUAUGCCGGAAGAAUAUGGAAAUGAGGAGGAAGAAGUUUUACAGCCUGAUCAAGAAGCGCCUAGUUAUGCUGAACAUGCUUUCACUUUCAAAUCUUUCGAAAAAAGAUUCGCUCAAGAACCUGUAACCAAUACACUUCUUUCAUACCUUGCUCGAUCUCAGGAAUUCGAUGAUCCCGAACAGAUGAAAAGAGUUGUAGGUUUAAUGCAUCGACAAGUGAUCAAAGCUCAAGCAGAAGGAUUAUAUUUCAAAGUGUCGACUCUCAAUCUGUUUCGAAAGAUACUUGAUUCAGCGCACACGCUACCAAAAGCGGAUUCUUCGAAAGAUCUCUCUCAACUAAUAAGCUUUAUCCUGCGGAAAUUCUUCAAACGAGUAGCUGAAGAUCCAUUCUUGAUCGUUGAAGCAUUUGGAAGUAAAUCAAGAAGUAAAUGGAAGGAAAUUAGCAGUUACAAAUCUGAUGAUGAGUCUGAUGAUGGUAUGGGCGGCCAAAGAAACAGGAUGAAAGAACAAAUGGGUCAAGCUGAAAUUGAAUUUAAGAAGAACAAGAAGUUAAGUUGGAGUCAACAGAUGGAAAUUGUAGUGGCAAUCAUACUGAAAGAAGGCCACGAGGAACUGAUCAGGUGGAUCAUAGAGGUACUCGAAGUGACCCUGGCAGCAAGGACAGAGAUCGUCAUUUCUGUGGAUGGAGAAGAUGCGGCCCUUCAGCAGGCAGAGGACAGUGAGGAUGAUGAAGACACUCGAGCCAGGAAUUUUUCUGGACCGAGUACAGCUGCCCGCGAGAAGUUUGUUCAACAUGAUCUUGACCCCUCAACGGACUUGCAGAAAAGUGCAGUCACCAAGGAUUCACAUCUCAGAUUGAUGCUUCGACUGUUGUCUUUUGAUAUGGUUCAUCCAGCCGAUUUGCCUAUUUCAGAUGAUACUAUAACCUCAAAUGAGAAGGAAGAAACAACGAAAUGGUUCAUCCCGCCUUCAGUGUUACCUUCGUCACUUUCGACCUCAUUAGGAGCUUUAAAGCAAUAUCUGAUAUCACCACCUUCUUUGACCGAAGACCCUAAAUCCUUGAUGCGACGUACGCGGCCACCUAGAAGAAGAAGAUCACCGUCAUUAUCAGAGAUGGAAUUAGAUUCAGAAACUGGGGAAUUAGUGAAAAAAGUUAAACAGAAGAGACAGAGAAAGCAAAAAGCAGCAGAAAUGCAAACUUUCAAGUCUGCCGCUUUCAUAGAAGAUUCAGAUGAUGAAGAUCCUGAAAAUACUAGGAGAUUCUUCGAGAGAGAAGAAGAAUUGAGGAUUGAAAUGAAGAAAUUAGCUGAAGAACAAGGUAAUGUGAUGCGAAAGACUGGAUCGAAGAAGAGGAAAAGGGGAAAAGGAAAAGGAAACGGAAAUCAAGUUGAACAGAUGGAAUCAGGUAGUGAGAAUGAAGAUAUGGGCAGAUUAUCACUUCCGCUAUCAUCACAGUUCCUUGAUGGAUCAGACCAUCAAGACGCAGGAAUGGACAGUGACGAUGGAAGCGAUGAAGAUGUACCGAGAAAUAAAAGAACAUCAUUAGCACCGAGCAGACCUGUAGAUAGUGAUGGGGAUACACCCCCACCUACCGCUAGAGUGAUGGGGAAGAUCAAGAGAAUAGUGGACUCUGAUGAAGAAGAUGAGUGA